GAAGCAGUGAGUUAUACUAGGAAGGUCAGGCUUUUAGGGCAUGAGCCCAGCGGCCUGUGCUAAAUGUCUGUGUCUCUUCCCUACCGCCACCUCCCCAGUCAAACGGAGAUGCUCAAGCGAGACAGUCGGGACAUGGCCGCUCCACUGCCAAGAGCCCUUCUGGUGCUGACACCUCAGGAGGCACGAGGGAAACCUCGUGUCUGCUGCUGUUACUACAGCUAAGCGUUAUGUUUUGCAGCACAGGUUGUAAGAGACUUGUGAGGAAGAGUACACCUGACGUUUGCUCCUGCCUCAAGUAUCAGAGAAGCCGAGGCAUAUCUAGAGAACACUGAGGGGCUGUAGCAUUCCCAGUGCCAUGCUGCAGAGGACUUCGGGAUCUUGCCUCUUCUGAAGUUGAAAGCUUCCAGUGCUGAAAUGAGUCUGGAAACGAGCAUGUGAGCGAAGCACAAGACAGAGCAAACAUCUCUAUUGCACUGUGUCCUGUCUGCAUGCGUGUUUGCGUUGUCAGUACCUGGAACCAGUCCCCUUCUGUGCGAUUAGAGUGAUGCGUACCUUCCCACCUCUUGGUAGGCACAGCGUGUGCAGCUUCUGCAUAUCCUCUGUGUGUGAAGUCAACAGGCAAGUGAAGACACAGACUGUCCAGUCACAGGAAGGCGACUUCAGUUUCCUUUCCAUAGCAUUACUAGGGAGCGCACGAAGAUGUGCUGUGGUUAUAGUUUGGUACGAGGCAUGCAUCUUCUAUGCCUAUGCUGUAAAGCUUUCCACACAAAGGAGCGUUGCUUGUUGGACUUCAAGGUAAUGAAGCUCUCACGUGUCUGGUGUGCUCUACUAACUUGACGCAUUAAAUUACCAAAAAUGAGGAAAAAGUGCAAGACGUCUACCACCAAAAAAACAGAGAAUGAAUAGCUGCAGUUCUUGGCAUCAUCUAGGUCUUUUGUAUGUGCUGCACUUGCCCUGCACAGGGCCAAAUGCACUUGCAGAGACCAGCACGUGGGUGUCAGGCCCAGGAAAUGCUUUGGGCACGCAGUUGGGGGUUCCUGUUACAGAUGCGGCAAGCCUUGCGCCUGGGCUGUGUCAGGUGUGCUCAGUGCUGGCAUGAGGAUCCCAAGAAUACUGCAAGUAUAUGAGCAGCAGGCACUGAUGGCGCAUCUUUGGCCUCAGUGGCACCACAGGUGCAUAACGCUGAAGGCGCCGGGCAGCACUGUGGGUAUGAGAGGCAGGCACCUAUGCCAUGGGCAUUGGUCCUCAAACCACGCUGCAGAGGGACAAGCAGCAUUGGGCAACGUGGGCAUUGGGACCUGUGUCAUCCUACACGUGUGCAAGAGCAGAUGCCCAUGUCACAGGCCCUAAGGAGCACUGGAGGUGAGUGAGCUGUGGGCAGCGGUGCUGGACUGGACUACCACCACGGCUGCCGAAGGCUUUGGUGCCACUGUGACAGGCACUGGAUUCCAGCUGGCACUGCAGACACUGCGGCCAUCCCACGUUACUAGCACCAGGUCGCAAGCAGCUCCAUGGGCAUGGGUGGCAAUGAGGUCGUGGGCAUCAAGUCCUUGGCACGGCUGCCAAUGAUGGACUCUGGACGACACUGCAGGCAUGUGAACGACGGCUGCUGAUGCCCGGGUGCAGAGUUGCAUGCUGCGCCGCAGGCGGCGGUGCUGGGCCAGCAGUACUGAGUCCUGAGCAGAUGCGGGCAGCGGUGCUGAUGCUGCAGGAGUCAGACCAUGGUGACAGAGGUGCGGAAGCAGAAGGCUGCUGUGCCUUUGUGCUGCUGCCUCUCUGCAAGCAGCAGGGCAGCGAUGCAGGUGCAAGAGCAGAGGGGACCUGUGCCACGUCUGUACUUCGUUGCAGUUGUGCGUUGUUCGUUCCAGAUCUUUUUGUCUCUGCAGAUAAUGAGUGUGGCCUGUUCUGGUCACCCCCACUCCAGCUGGAAUAAAUGUCAUAUGCCAAACAAUUACACUGCAUCUGGCUGUUUUGCUAUAUAGUCUUACAGCUACAGAAAGAUCAGUUACUCAAUAUCCGUUAGAGCAAAUCAGGAGAUUCCCCUGAGCUUCUGCCAUUGUUCAUUGUAGGUUGGGGGGAAGGGGGUGUUGAUGUGUAUCUCUCGUGGGAUGUGGUUUCAAUACAGGUCACAAAAAGCGGAUUUGUGUGUCCAAGAGGCUGAGGGAGUUUACACUUGUUUGUGUGCAAAUACAGUGUUUCUUUUACAGGAGAAGGCUAUCUAUGCUCUUGGUGGCAACUCUGUAGUUUGUCCCAAGAUCUGUUUUGUAUCUGAUGUAAAAGUAAAGAAUGCCAGUGCUCCUGUGUAUCCCCCAGCACAGCUGGGUGUCUAACCACCAAAGCCCAUGCACAGACUCUGCACAUCCGUCUCCUUACUGUCUGCUCUACCUGACAAUGAACUUGGGCACAUCUGACUCGCUGCUCCUGCUGUUCUCUCCAGAGAGCCAUAUGCCUACGGGGAUGGCCGAGAUGCUAGACGUGACCGCUCCCCUCUUCGGGGGAGCCCACGGAGAGACCCCAGAGAUGGCAGGGAUGGUAGAAACGGGCGAGAUUCCAGAGACACUCGAGACAUUCGAGCUAGAGACAUGCGCGACGCCAGAGACCACAGGGACCCACGGGACCUGCGAGACCCACGGGAUAUCAGGGAUCCAAGAGACUUGCGGGACCCUCGUGAUGUUAGAGAUCUUCGUGACCCACGGGAGCCACUGUAUGAUCGAUACAGGGAUCCACGGGAUAUGAGAAAUCCACGGGAUGUGAGGGAUCCACGGGAUAUGAGGGAUCCAUGGGAUAUGAGAGACCCUCGGGACCCUUUGUACAGACGAGAUGAAGCUUAUGACCGUUACCUUCGCCUUGAAGACUACUAUCGGCGGAAGGAUGACUCUUACUAUGACCGUUACAAAGAGCAUUUUGAUAGAGCACCAGUGAAUUCAGAAGACCGUCUGAAGCGUGAGGAGCGGCGCCGAGAGGAGCUGUACCGUCAGUACUAUGAGGAAAUCAAGAGACGUUUUGAUGCAGAGAGACCUGUGGAUUGUUCUGUGAUAGUGGUGAAUAAACAGACAAAGGAGUACGCGGAGUCAGUGGGGCGGAAGGUGCGGGAUCUGGGCAUGGUAGUGGACCUGAUCUUCCUCAACACAGAGAUGUCACUGACGCAAGCCCUGGACGAUGUGAGCAGAGGAGGGUCUCCUUUUGCCAUUGUCAUCACCCAGCAGCAUCAAGUUCACCGCUCUUGCACUGUUAACAUCAUGUUUGGCACCCCACAAGAGCACCGCAACAUGCCCCAAGCUGAUGCCAUGGUGCUGGUGGCAAGGAAUUAUGAGCGCUACAAAACAGAGUCACGGGAGAAGGAGCGUGAGGAAAUCGCCCGGCAGGCCGCCAAGAUGGCAGAUGAAGCUGUUCUGCAGGAGCGGGAGCGCCCACCCCCCAUGGAGGAGGGUGUCAGAGGAGGUCACCCUCCAGGGAUUCAGACUCUCUUGAACCUGCUGGCUGACAAUCGCUAUCUAACUGCUGAGGAGACUGAUAAAGUAAUUAAUUACUUGAGAGACCGGAAGGAACGGUUACUGAGGGGAAGCACUGAUUCUCUGCAGGCAUCCAUGUCAAGACAGUCUUUGGGGGCACCUUCAGGAUCAUCUCUGGGUAGUCAGUCCAGCCUUCCAAGCUCUCAGGCUCAUCAGGGUUCACAGCCUCUGGUCUCUGCUCCUUCUGUUCCAGUGUCCUCUUCUAAUCCUCAGCAGGAGCUUCAAGCAAAAAUCCUCAGUCUCUUCAACAGCGGGGCAGCAGCGGCAGCAGCUGCUGUAGCAAACAGCAGUUCUACAGCCUCUGCGGGCUCUUCAGGUGGCACUCCGAACCAGAACUUUGCUAACAUGGCCAGCGGUCAGGCCCGGUCAGCCCAGAUGAGUGCUGGAAAUUUAAACCAGGCUCAGCAGAGAUUGCAGACUCCAAGCACGCAGCUUCCUGCUCUCCAAGGCACUUCAAGAAAUGCGGGUCCAAGACCUGGAGCUCCUCCACAAGCUCAGUCGCUCUAUGGUCAGCACCAAAAUCGCCUCCCUGCACCUGGCAAUGUACCUGCUCAAAGGCCAGUAUCUUCUGGUAUCAACUUUGACAACCCUAGUGUACAGAAAGCCUUGGACACCCUUAUCCAGAGUGGUCCUGCACUCUCCCACCUAGUGAGCCAAACCGUGGCCCAGGGGCGAGCAGGGUCCUCAGCCCAGCAACCUAUGGGUUCCUACCAGCGACACUAUUAAAGCUGUCGGGCCCUUUCCCCUUCCCUUUGCCAUUCCAUACUUAUAGCUGUUUAAAGAGUCUCCUGUCCUCGACAUGGGACAAAUGCCCCUGGAUAUGCAUGUCCUCUCCACUUUGGUGAGAGUGUACCCCCAGUGGCAUUGCUGCUGACUGUUGCUAGCGCUGCCCUUCCUCACCUCGGUCUGGUUAGCAGUGUUUGGGGACGUAUGCUCUAUUUUCUCAGCGGCACGAUGGGCAAAGAGCUGCUUUGGAUAAUCGGUUGUUUUGUCCAGUCCCAGAAGCUGCUGGAAUGACAGUCCUUCUGCAUUUCCUCACUCCCAGUAGCUCGUGCAUCUUCACAUUGCGACGCAGUCUGGUCUCGCCGAACGGUCUUAGUAUAGUUUUGGGUCAGUGGUUUUGAGGAAAUAGGGGACUGAACAGAGUGGUACGCUGACUGGGCCUUCUUGGAGACCCACCUUUUUGGAAUGGGCACUGUCUUUCUUUAGAUUUCUUUUUUUAUUUCUUUUUUUAAUGGCAUAUAAGCCAGUUGGAAAGUACAGUGGUAGCGCUAGCAGCUGAACUCAUGAAGCACAUGCCUGACCACUACUCAAUAACGCAGGACCGUGCUCUUUGGUCCUUCCAUAGCUGGACUGUCAUGUCCUGGCAGAGUGAGGCAGAGAAACACUCCUCACCUUGCCCAGCUCAUGGAAACUGACAGCUUUGGUCUGAGUACUGUGGCAGAUCUGAAACACAAGAGCUUCCAGCCAAGGCAGAGAUUUCAAAUGGUCUGUCAAUUUUCCUACACCAAGCAGUCAGUGUUAAGAUCAAUCUGUUAAAUUUGGCAUAUAAAUUUCCUUUUCUUAUUAUCUUGCUUUGGGACAUUGGUUCCUGUAGCCCAACAGCUCAGCCACAGCCACGCUGAUGUGCUGCUCGCCCUCCCUUGGGAAUACCCACAGCCAGUUACCAGGUGGUGAAUGUCUGCUCUUUGAAACUUCAUCUCACUGUUGAUUGGUGUUUUGUCCAUCUAAGGUGGAGAGGCAGUGCCAAGAUGCAAUACUAUAAUUUUGUACAUUUUUUCAACACUUUGGUAGCUGCAGCGGACAGUUGAGUGGAAAAUCAGGCAGUGAUUCUUCACCGUGUUUUUAACCAGUAACAUACUUUGAUACCAGAACACAAAACAUCUCUUAACUAUGUGGACCUCCCCAUCACAGCCUUCUUAGAGUCUGCAGGCUUCCUGCAGAGAACCGAAAGAAACUAAGAAAGCAGUGUUCUUGGAGGAGAGGAUUUUCUUUGUCCCAGGUGGUUUGUGUUGUAUUUUUUUUUUCCUCUCUGUGCUGUUAACAAGACGACAUUACUUUCUAAUAAAAAGGCAGGAAAAACA